CAGUCACCCUAAAAUAAAAAUUAAAAAAACUAUAUAAAUACUUAGAAAAGUUAAGAAAUAAUAGAAAAAGCAAUCAUGGGAUGUGAUGGCGGAACUAUACCCAAACGCGACGAGCUGGUCCGCGUCAAACAAAAGCCAGAACAGAAAGACAAAGACGCAGAGCGAGAGUUUCGCUGGCUGCACUGCACCCUGACGCAGCAGCGUCUGCAGGAGCCCAUAGCCAUGUGCGGAAUGGGCAGAUUGUACUCAAAACAGAGCCUCAUCGAGCGGCUGCUGGAAAAGGAGAAAAUGCCCGAGAUGUCAGUGCAUGUGAAGAGCCUCAAGGACAUUAAAACUUUACAAUUGACCCCCAAUCCCGCCUUCACAGAAGAGGAUAAGGCCGAGGGACUACUAGACACUCGUCAUGCUCCGUAUAUCUGCAAGCUGAUUGGGCUGGAGAUGUCAGGAAAGUUUCGAUUCGUUGCACUUUGGAGCUGUGGAUGUGUAGUGUCCGAGAGGGCCCUAAAACAGAUUAAAGGGAACUCGGCCAGCACUUGCCCCUUGUGCCAGACUCCCUACAGUGUCGAGGACAUGGUCGUUCUGAACGGCAAUGAAGAGGACGUGGAGCUGAUGAAGGUCAAAAUGGAAAUGCGUGCAGCCAAAAGGAAGUCGUCGAAAAAAGAGAAAAAGGAGGCAAAGAAGGUGGAGAUCAAAACAGAGACCGACGAGCCUUGUGUAUCCACAACAGAGGCAGCGAAGCCCUCAACCAGCUCAAAAGUCAAGGGAGUCGCCAAUCACAAGCGCCUGGGUGCCGUGAACGCCAUGCAGGACCCCGAACUCAAGCGAUUGAAAAACGACUUCAGCGUGGCCAAGGACCCCAAGGCCAGCGAUGUCUACAAAUCCCUCUUUACCUCUCACAAAACAGAGAAGGAGCAAGAGCGUGCCCACUGGAUCACCUACAAUCCAUUCUACAAUUAGUUCAAUAAAAUACAUAUUUCUAA